UCAGUGUAAAUGAAAAGACUACAGCAACUACCAUUGACAGUUGGUUUGAAAACCGAAGCAAAAGACGACGAGACGCGGACUCUCCGACUCCACUCUCCUCUCUCUUUCCUAUUCUUUGUUUGUUGCUUCAGAUCUCUGACUUAGUUUCUCUUUUAGGGUUAAUUAUUUAUUAUUAUAUAUUUCCUUGCUGUACCCAUUGUAUAAAUACGGGAUGCACAAGUGUAUAUUUACAUUUUGGCGGUGCUUAUUCACUUGAUCGAACAUAAUUUGUGAGAUUUACGUUUUGGAUCAUUGGCAUAUUGGAUCUUUCGAUUUUCAAGGGGUAAUGGCGGUGGUUUCUGGACCUGUGACACCGGGACAGGUGUCAUUUUUGCUUGGAAUCAUCCCAGUUUUUAUUGCAUGGAUAUACUCUGAAUGCUUGGAGUAUAAAAAGUCAUCAUCCCCAUCUAAAGUCAGUCAUUCAGAUAGUAAUCUGGUUGAAAUGGAAACUGCGACAGUAAAGGAAGACGACCGGGCUGUGUUGUUGGAAGGAGGUCUUACAAAGUCAGCCUCCACAAAUUUGUCCACUCCAUCCAUUAAAACAAACUUAAUUAGGUUUUUGACGAUGGAUGCCUCAUUUUUGCUUGAAAACCGACAAAUUUUGAGAGCGAUGUCUGAGUUUGGUGGACUUCUACUCUAUUUUUACAUAUGUGACCGUACAAACUUGUUUCCAGAUUCCACCAAGAGCUACAAUCGCGAUCUUUUCCUUUUUCUCUACAUUCUUCUUAUCAUAACUUCAGCAAUGACUUCUCUGAAGAAACAUGCUGACAAGUCAGCAUUUUCUGGGAAAUCCAUACUUUAUCUUAAUCGCCAUCAGACUGAGGAGUGGAAAGGAUGGAUGCAGGUUCUGUUUUUGAUGUACCAUUAUUUUGCUGCGUCGGAGAUAUACAAUGCAAUUCGAGUUUUCAUUGCUGCUUAUGUUUGGAUGACUGGCUUUGGAAAUUUCUCCUACUAUUACAUUAGAAAAGAUUUUAGUGUUGCACGGUUUGCUCAGAUGAUGUGGAGGCUAAACUUUUUUGUGGCAUUUUGUUGCAUUGUUCUUAACAGUGAUUAUAUGCUAUACUACAUCUGUCCAAUGCACACGCUCUUCACUCUUAUGGUGUAUGGUGCCCUUGGUAUUGGCCACAACUAUAAUGAGAUAAAAUCAGUAAUGGUUCUUAAAAUUUUGAUGUGCUUUCUCGUGGUUAUCUUGGUAUGGGAAAUUCCUGGAGUUUUUGACCUGAUUUGGAGUCCCUUCACUUUUCUAUUAGGAUAUACCGAUCCUGCAAAACCGAAUCUUCCUCGACUGCACGAGUGGCAUUUUAGAUCUGGGCUUGACCGUUAUAUCUGGAUCAUUGGAAUGAUCUACGCCUAUUUUCACCCCAAUGUUGAGAAGUGGAUGGAGAAACUGGAGGAGUGUGAUGCGAAGCGGAGAAGCUCAAUCAAAACAUUGGUUGUGAUAGUCUCCUCAAUUGUUGGCUAUUUGUGGUAUGAAUUUAUAUACAAGUUGGACAGGGUUACAUACAACAAGCUCCAUCCAUACACGUCAUGGAUUCCCAUAACUGUUUAUAUAUGUUUGCGGAAUUCUUGUCAGCAGCUUCGGAAUUUUUCGUUGACCCUUUUUGCAUGGCUUGGCAAAAUUACUUUGGAAACCUAUAUUUCCCAGUUUCACAUCUGGCUAAGGUCAAACAUGCCAAAUGGACAGCCUAAAUGGCUACUUUGUUUGAUCCCAAAUUAUCCUUUGCUUAACUUCAUGCUGACAACUGCCAUUUACAUCUUGGUAUCAUAUCGGGUUUUUGAGCUGACUAACACAUUGAAGUCAGCUUUCUUACCCACAAGAGACAAUAAGAAGUUACUUCACAAUUUUGUUGCGGGAGCUGCCAUCUGUGGGUGUUUAUAUUGCAUCUCAUUCAUUCUUCUUCGAAUCCCUCAUUAACGAGAUGAAGAAAAAUAUUUUGGUGAGCUUACACGGACAGCAGGGAAGGUACCGGUGAAUGAGUUGGUGGAACAUCACUUGCCAUUACAGCCAAAGAACAUAUGUCCGGUCUUUGUGUCUGAAGGUAGACAAAGCAAAGUAACACAAAAAAGGGGAACAUUUUGUUUGUGGGCUUUCCACGCUUGUAUUAGUCACAUCCUCCCUCAUAAUCUCGUGAGUUGUUAAUCCACAAUGUAGAGAUAAAGAAAUAUACAGGAACAUAUUUUGGAUAAUUAUUACAGCCACUUUUCAUGGGUAAUUUGAUAUAUGAAUGUGAUAGUAUUUACAUUUC